UUUCUAUCCCUGCUUAGAACUAUUAAUUUAACUCAUCUUCUCCUAUUGAUUUAAAUCUGAUCCAGCUGAUGAGUGACUUAACUCUGAAACAUCCUACAUUUCAUAAUGCAAAGUUUUGCACUUUUUUUUAACUUGUCAACCUUACUUGAAAUUAUUUGUUGCUGCUGGAUUUACUAAGAUGGCUGUUAUCGAGCCAGAUUUGAAAUGAUCGGAAAUGCAAGAGAAUUACAGGCAUGGAGAAGAGACUUACGGGGCUUAUUCUGGGAUUUCAUGGCAUUCGCGCAAGGCUGAUAUGCAGAGCAAAAGUCUGGAAAUACAGUUAAGCAAUCUGAUCACUUGAGAGAGAACUGGACCAAGGCACAGAGAGCGAAAUGCAUCCUCCUGCAAAAGAGAGUCCCCAUGGUAUUAAAGCCUUUAAGAAAAGCACCUAGAAGGAUCUCUGGUAGAAGCAAGUUAUCCCUCCCCCAGGUGGAUUACAUUGGCCUACAGAACAGGUCGGUGGCUGUAUGCCAUGUGCUUUGCUCCUUGGUGAAGUGUGACCAUAGCUGGAGUUGACUACCAAUGCAGAAGCUGCAUCCUUGUGAUAAACUUCUGCGCACAAGCAGCAAGGAGUUCAAUGAGGGAGCUCGAAUUGUAGGUUUCCACAGAGGCAACAAUGGAAAAAGAAGACAUUUUCUGACCUGCUCUGGAGGAAGCCUAGAUGGAGAGACAAGUUGUCCACAGAUUCCUAGAAGGGCCCAAGUUGAGAAGCAGGAAGCACACCGGUACGGAUCACAAGCAAUUGUACUGAUUUGGAAGGACUCCUUUGAAGCGACUUUGCUGGACUUUUUGAAGGGCUUUUUGAACGGUGGAUUGGCGCAGGGAGAUGAGCGGCACAGCAAACUUGUCCGCUGGCGUGGCAUUGUGUGGAUUGAGCAUCAUAAAGUCAAAACCUACAUCAGAAAGUCAAAACAGUGUCUCUCCCAGAAAAUCAAGGAAGUGUGAACAUCUGGUCCUGGAAGAACCAUAUGAGGAUUGGAUACCAUAGUUCACAUGGGAUCUCGCUGAUUCAUACCAAGAGCUUCCAUUAUUCAAAACUAGUGAGUGGAUCAUGAAACCCCAUUAUGAUCCCCAAUUUAAUGAUGUUCGGAAGCAGCAGAGACAGCAAAAAUGGCAGCCUCAUUUCUAGGAAUAAAGCCAAGCUCAUUAAACUAAUAAGGGAUGUAAAUGGUACAAAGACUGCUUUUUCUGCAUCAGGCAUCAAACUCUAUAACAACUCAUCAAUAAGUAUAAAGCCCCUAGCUUAGCACACCUAAAGAUGCAAUAUGGUUGUAAUGGAUGCUUCAACUCAAUUACUCAAGGCCUCAACAUCACGAACCAUGCACAACAACCUCCUUUCCAACUGUGGCACGUCACAUCUAAAUGAGACUUUUCUCUCUGUGCAGGGGCCUGCAUCAUUCUGGAAAACCCUCCAAAAAGCUUUACAGAGGUAAAUGGCCCAGCAGUUUCUAUUAUGGGGUUGUUUCACACUUCACAUCUUUGUUGCUUUCUCUGAAGAUGAAUACCUUGGGAAAUUGUGUCGUCAAAGAGAUUGUUUUUUCCUUGGAGACCUGUUGGUAUGAAAUGUUAUGCUCCCCCAGUAAGCUUGCUAUUUUCUUUAACCUUCAAGAGGGUUACAGAACCGGGUUAUCAAAGCCACCAUUAGCCCAUCUCAAUCGUUCCAGCUCUGAGCAAGGCAAACAUUGCACACUGUGAUUUCACACCUUUGCAGCCAUGCUUCCCUAGUGCGAGUAGGGAAGUGACAGGCAGCUUUCAUCCUUUGCCAUGUCCUGCCUCUUCAAAACUUUCUACCACCUCUUACUACUGCAGCGGACAUAGCUGCCUUGGCUGAGCAAAGGUAAGACACCCCUGCUUCAUUGGUAUAGUAAGUGUGGGUAUCUUGAAACAAAAGAGUGGCCCCCAAAUCCAUGGGAAAGUCCUAACAGGCAAAGUUACAUGUUCUGAAGCAGGAGCUAUAGUCCAAUCUGAAAAUAUCACCCUUUCUUUCUGGCCCGCUUUGCAGAGCUAGCAUGGAUAAGUAUCCAAAUACCUUCCAAAAUCUUCUCUAAGUAUACUGGCAACCCACGUCCCCUUUUCAAUGCGCUUAGGAGCCCAAAUCCCAUUGCCUUUCAAUGAGACUCCUAAGUGCAUAGGUUCCUUUUGGAAAAUGAAUUUCAGGCUCUUAAAUCACUUAGGUGUUUAAGUGUUGCAGUCUGCGGGGAAGAGAGUAGAAGUGAGUAACCAUCUUUCUGUGAGGGACCUCCACCAGGUUCACAGGUAUGAUUUGGUGACUUGAUUUCUCGGCAUGUUGAGCUAACUGGUCUGAGGCCGCCUCCAGGCGAGCGCGGCUGUGCGGCACGGGGCACUGCAAACCCGUUUGCAACGCUGCACGCCGAACCUUGCAGCGUGGAAGUGAGGCUUUCAACCCUGGGAGAUCUUCGGGUCAAAAAAACCUGCACAGAAAAAAAGCAGGGUGGCGCACGUGUUGGUACAGCACCCAGAACUAGGGCCUGGCAGGCCGGAGCCAUGCUCCCAGCUGCAGAAGCACCGCGGCUGCAGCUUCCCCAGCCCUUGGGACCCCAGAUAAGGCUGCUGGGCCCUCUACCCCUCCCAGGGUAACCUGCCACAGGCCAGAGCGCAUGUGGCACAGGUGUUCGAUGUGAAGCAUAUUUGGCAAUGUAUUUAGAAGAGCGCCUAGCUCCUCACCUGUCCUCUUUUUAAGCAAACAGUAGUGCCAGCCUCUCUCACUCGGACAGAUUGUCACUGAACAACUCAUUCCAAAGCACGAGGUUUACUGCAACGUAGCCAGCAAAUUGUGCCAGGUCCCCACUGCAUCUCAUUACUCUGUCACCAGGAAGUGCUUUACAUCGUGAGCAUUAUCUUCUCUCUGCUAAUUCUUUCUCCUCCAGCACGGCCAACUCAAUCGGACUUCAUUUAGGGAGACGUAAAUGUUUCAAAUGAAUGUUGACAACCGACGGAUCUGAGCGGGCAGAAGAGCGCAGCUCUCAGUCGAGAUUAAAGCAGCCUUGUCACACGAGGGUGAAGGGAACAUGCUGUCUGCCUUUCCUACCCAGCUACCAUGCUUUGAUGAUACUCUCCUAUUGCUGCAGCAGACGUGCGAAAUGAUCAGGGGAAAAAGAGGUUUAAAUCCAUUUUUAAUCACCCAGCACUUUGCUCCGCGCCAGUGCACACAUGAAUCGGUUAUAGCAUCCCUUAAGAAACAGGAGUGACUUUGGAAGGGGUCAGCAGGAAGGCCGCAGGGUGCAGAAACAGCACUCAAGGGAAAGUGCAUUAGGUUUGCUGAGUCUCCAGCGCCGAGCAGCUCCCACCCGGACACACCUCCCCCUGCACAAGCCGGGCAGCCGAGAAGAGCAUGGCAUGUGAUUUUGCUGCGUCACGACCAUGCGGCGGGUCAGCCUGUAACGUGACUCAGCACGACUCGCUGCUAGUGCCACGCGCUCGACCCCGGGCUGGGACCCUGCGGGGCCGGGCUCGGGGGUGUGCUGUGCGCAUGCUCAGCCCGGCCCCGCGCGCCGCGACCCGGCCCCACGCACGCCCCGGGCACCCGCGCGGGGAGCCGGGCCCGUCCCGCCGCUCCCCGGGCCUUGGGGUCUGCCUUGGCCCCAAGCGAGAGGGAAGGGGCCAGGCCAUGGCAGGCUUCUCGGAGCUCAGCGACUCGGAGCUGCUGCAGGCGGAGGAGCUGCGGGAGGCCGAGGAGCCGCGCUCCGCCAGGGACCCCGACGGCGCGGGCAAACGCAAGCAGGCGCCGCGCCCGCUGGACAGGUACGCCCUGCGCUACCUGUGCGUGACCGACCUGGCCGGGCAGAGCUGGUGCGAGCAGCAGGCGGUGUUCGGCAUGGAGGAGCCACGGCCGCCGGCCCCAGAGACGGCUGCGCUGCUGGACGCGGGCAAGAGCAUCCAUCUCGCCAGAGAGCUAGAAGUCCAUGACCUGGUAAAAAUACCUACUACGAGCAGGGAAGAUUCUUGGGCAAUAAAAAUACUGAAUCUUCUUUCGAUGAUUCCAGUCCUUCAAGCAGUUGGCCAUGUACGGGAGCUGCCAGUGUUUGGAGUGAUAGAAGGUGUCUUUGUGAGUGGGAUUAUAGAUGAACUCCGCUACAAUACCAAGGGAGAGCUGGAGCUGAAUGAGUUAAAAACACGAAGCCGACCAUUUAUGCCUGGUGAAGCACAGAGAAAGAAAGAUCAUUUCCAGGUCAGCUUGUAUAAAUACAUUUUCGAUACCAUGGUUCAAGGACAGCUGAAACCAGACGUUUUCACGAAUCAUAUUCAUCUGAGGCCAGAGCAGCCACUUGGGUGCCAACUUAGGAAGCACGCUCAGAAGAUAGGAUUUAUGAUCACGUCCUUUGGGGACCUCCUGGAGCUGAUGCACCUGAACCUGAUGUUCUCUGACAUCCCCGGCAUCGACUGCUUGAAAAUUGAGUACAGCCACCAGGAAAGCAGCGUCCCACUAGGGACAGAGGUGGUGCCGUAUGAGGAAGCAACGGUGAAGGAGAAAGCACAGUACUUCCUUGCUUACUGGAAAGGGCAAAGGGAAGCGCGGGGGGUAGAUAUUGAGGAAGCCUGGAAGUGCCAGUCAUGCAGCUACUCGGAGAUCUGCGACUGGAGAAAGAAGAGGGCAGAAGGACUUGAGAAGAGAAGUGGACCAAAAAAGAGUAAAUGAAAGAAGCCUGCUCCCUUAUUAGGGAUGCGUUACUCGUACCGCAGUGCGCUCAGUCUUCUGCCCAGUUAGCUCGUCAGAAUUAAAGAGAACAUCACAACGGGCCAAACUCAUUACAUGGCUAAACAGGGAUCUCUCUGUUGCACCAACUGUGAGUUUGGCCUUGUGAUUUUAAAGCUCUGACUGCUUUUGGUAGUGUUCAGUGUUACAGAGGCAUAACUUAAACGUGGGAUGAAGAGCCAGAAUACUUUGUCAGAGACGGUGCCAGCUGCUACCUCAUGAAACCUAAAUACCUACCUCACAUGGGUCUCAUUGCAAAUAACAGAUUAUAAAGUGAUCUGAACAGGAGGAGAGUCCAUAUCUCUACAGAUUUUUAGCAAGAAGGUUUUAAACUCUAAUCUCAUAUCCCCCCAGCCCCUAACCUUGGCGAUUUGUCUCUGGUUUGUGCAGGGUCACCCACUCCUCACCGUUCUUCUUGAUCUAGUGUUCGAUGAGCCAUUUUCUUUAUAAGACCACACUAAUCUGUUUCUGAAACAUAUCAGCAGUGGCCUGGAGGCACAAUGAAACGAAUGGGGCCAAACUCUUGGGUUACCUUCAAAAUACCACUUGCUCCAUAUAGGUCCCUUUCAUAAUCUCAGCUAAAACUAUGCACAAGGUGCCUGAACAUCCUCUGCAAGACACCUAUUUUUUUUCCUCUAGUCCAAUGACAUUUAUAUCCAUAAGUGAUACAUGUAGGAGUUUAGGAUAUUAUCUAGCAGGAUCAUCCCCAUCAAAGGGGCAGUCUUGCUUGUUUCUUAUCUGAGCCUUAUCUCUUUUCAUGUUAAACGCUCUGGAAGGUAGUAUGCUAAUUGCUAACUAGAAGAGAGUAUUUAACAUAUUGCUUGAUUUUUUAUGAUUAAAAAAGUGUACUUUGUUUUCAUAAUGUACUGAUCGGUAACAAAGUUCUUAACUUUUUCACUACUCUGGCAAUAAAAUUAAUCGAAUCUUU